AUGUCCAAGGCUCAGGCCAAAUCCAAAAAACCCUCGCCGCCAGCCCCCGCGAAAGCGAAAGCAGGCAACGACGAGCCCUCGCUGGUAGUGGGCGCCGUAGAGCUUUUGCUCUCAGUUGUCCCGGUAGCGCUCUACCUAUUUGCCUACGAGAGGACACUGCUUCCCAUCUAUGCAUCCGUUCCUACGAAAUAUCUCUUGAAGAGGGCUUUUAUCGCCUCCGUGGCACUAGCAGCGCUCGUGCCGGUGAAAUUGGGCAAGAAUCGCUUGCUUUUCCUUCUGUCGGUCAUACUUGCUAUCGCCCCGAAAGCGACCUACCACGUCGCAGUAUGGACAGCAAGGAAGGGAAACCCGGUGUUAGGUCCAGCGGCAACGCAUCUUCUGACGCUUGCUCCAGUGGCGUAUUUGUCGACAAUUGUUGCUUCGCACAUCGGGGUUGCCCAAAGCUUUGAUGAAAGUUCGAGUCGGCCGGUUUCAGCCAUCAUAUGCAGCCUUGCAGCCUCUGGAUUUCUUCAAGCACAGAUUGCCAAAGUGCCAUUCAUAGACUCGAUUGCCGAUAGCCACAUAUUCCUAUCCCUUGCUUGGCUUGCGUGCACACUUGGCCUCGUAGUUCAAUGGAACAAACAGUCCGCCAGCAAGGGUUCUGACACCAUUGGACCAAAGCACUUCCUCGUCCUCGGAGUAUUGGGUGCACUCUUUGCUGGCGUGUACCCCAUCCUGAAAUCCCCUGUUCUUCCCCAUCCUCUCAAACAGCCCUACCUUCACCCCGACUUCCCUCUCGUUAUUCACUCAUCAGUGCAGUCCGUUACCGGCCUUAUAUCCGUUGGCGAGGCCCUUCCUCCCCCAAAAUUCAAUGGCGAACCCGACGAAGAGAUGCAUUCCGUUCGCUGGCUUCGCGCCGACCAUUCUAUCCUGGGAGGGGUGUGGAUGGGCGCGAAGAUCGGCGUUAUAGACGAUACACCACCGCUCGAAGACGCGUUUGGCACCAUGCUAGGAGAUUCAAUCUAUUCAACUUUCGUUCUACAAGAAGCCGUGCGCAUGGUUAAUAGCACCGCGAAGGCCAAGAAAGGCGAUCUCAACAACGCCUUGAUUAUUGGGCUUGGAACAGGUAUUUCGGCCACUGCGUUCAACCGACAUGGCAUCUCUACGACCAUCGUCGAGAUUGACCCAGCCGUCUAUGAUGCCGCGCGCACAUACUUUGGUUUACCUGAUCCUGGAGAGGGCAAGGUAUUCCUCGAAGACGCUCGAGGUUGGGUUUCAAAGCGACAGGCCGAACUAGCAACAGCUCAGGAACCGGAGCUCUUCGACUUUGUGGUCCACGACUGCUUCUCUGGAGGGGGUGUGCCCCAGCAUAUUUUCACAGUAGAGUUUUGGCAAGGUCUCAAGGCGAUCAUGCAUGAGGAUGGUAUUUUGGUGGUGAAUUUCGCGGGCCAGCCCAAAUCCAACGCGUCCAGAGCUAUUACUCUGACGUUGGAGAAGGUAUUUGGACAAUGUCGGGCAUUCCAUGACUCUAUGGAGCCCAUUCCCGUGGAAAGAUAUGAAGCCGAGUUUAUCAAUGUCGUCUUCUUUUGCACUUCAUCGAAGGCGCCCUUGACCUUCCGUAACUCGCGACAUUCUGAUUAUCUUGGGUCCCCUCUACGCCAGCACAUUCUUCGCGCCCUCCCUACGAGAGAACUUAACUUGAACGUUGUCAAGGGUGAAGCUGCGGAGAACGAGAGGCUCUCGGCGAGCUUGAUCUUGACCGAUGCACAUAACCCGCUUGGCAAAUGGCAAGAAGACCAGGGUUUCCAUCACUGGACGCUGAUGCGCCAAGUGCUGAAGGACAUUUUCUGGGAGACAUAUUGA